AUGCCUCUCUGGCAAAUCUACCAUCCCGCAGGAACCUUCGAGGACUUGGCCUCCAAAGAAGCAUUCGCCAAAGACAUCACCGAAUUUUAUACUCAACUCGGCCUACCAGCCUUCUACGUCGUUGUGAACUUCGUCCCGGUUCCAACAGGCGAGGUCUUCGUCGGGGGAAAGGUUCCAACCGGGCGGCCCUUUAUCCGCAUAGUAAUAACCCAUAUCGCGAUUCAUGCACCGAAUGAGGAUGCCGCGUACCGACGCACUACUUCUCGGAUCGACAAUGUUUUGAAGCCUCACAUCGCGGAUAAAGGGUAUGAUUGGGAAUAUCAUGUCGGGGAGACAGAGCGGAGAUUGUGGAAGGUGAAUGGGUUGAUUCCCCCGCCGUGGAAGAGUGAGCAGGAGCAGAUUUGGGUGAAGGAGAACCGUGCUGUUCCUUAUGAUGAGGGUUACUAG